AUGUCGCGUAUUAUGCUUCAUGAAAUAAUACUGGGAUUGAUGAAGGUCGUCAAAAAGCUACUAUUAGACUUCCUGGUGGUUCUCGAACAAGCCGACACUCUUGGGAUUACCACGCAAGAGCUGAUCCCAGAGGGCUUUUAUGAGGCAACGCCGGAAUUCAUUCUUGAAUCUUUUCAAAGACAUACAGAAGAGAAUCCUGAUGGAAAGAAGGUGACUAUCCAGCAGAAGCUUGGGCUGAACAAAUACACGUCCCCAUACCAAAUUUAUCAUGAUAUCAAGAUUGCAUCCAGCGAAGAAAUUGUCAAGUAUGAUGUUGGUUCUGGAAACUACAAGAUUGUCGAUUACUUUUUCAAGUUCACCACUGAGCUUUUGAUUAGAGAGACUGGUCGUUUGGGCCUCCGAGUCUUCAACGAUGACGAAGAAGCUAUUAAAGAUGACCCAGAGGAUGUUCUCAAUGUUCUACGUGAAGACUUUGACAAGAUCUCUCAGAACUACGAUGUUGCCAACGGUGAGACCGUUGUUUUCAUGAAUAAGGUCGAAGAGCCUCCACUUCCUUCCUACCACAGCUUGUACUCAGCGCAGCCACCAGCUGAGCCUAAGAUUAAAACUCAGCCAUUGUUUUCCAGUUUGACUGGCAAGUCGGCUCUCGACACCAGAAAUACUAUUGUCCCUGAUCCUUAUCUGUUAGCAAAGGUGGUUGGUUCGACCAAAACAAUUCCAAGCAACUCGGAAACUUUGAGAAGCUUUGGAAACCCACUUACUAAACCGCCAGGUCCAGGUCAGCUCGGCGGCCAAGUUUUGGAUAGUUUCUUCCAUCCAAACUGGUACACUGUGGAAGCUCCAAAAUGGUUGGUGUAUAAGCAGAGAGCUUUGAAACCUCCAGUGGAAUCCACGUUGGUCAAGGAAACUUUCGACAAUGAGUUGCGUACUUUUGAGAAAAACUCAAAUACCAUUAGGUCAUUUGGCCCUGCAACAGAUCUGAGGAAUUCUGUGCUUAGUUCUGAUCUUCGGAACGCUGUGUGGUACAACCAUUUUGGUGCCAAGUUGAUAGAGGAUAUCAAAAAUAAGUACAACGGUCAUGUUCCUGAAACUGAGCCUCAAGAGCCAACUUCAAAGAGCACAAAAGUGGACGAAUCAAUGGAUGAAGAUUCGCUUGUCGAUGAUCACCCAGCUGAUGUAAAGGACAGUCCAAUCGAAAAACUGAACCCAGCUCCCAAGCUGGAUGUUAUAAAGCUCGAUAAUCUCGUGUAUUAUAGACCAGAAGAUGUGGCAGCGUUGGAGGAAUUAAAGCAGGUUAAAGACGAAAUAAAGGGCUCACCUGCUAAAGUGCAAAAGCUCAUAUCUCAGAGUCUUCUAAGGCUCAACAAAUUGCGUCAAGAAAGAUUCGCGAACCAAAACCAUACCAGAAAGAAUGUUCCAACGGUGGCAGAGGUUAUUCUUUACAAAAAAGUAACUAAGCUUCUCACAAUCCUUCUCCAAUCCAAAGCUGGCCAGGACCAGUCGUUUGCUCAUGAGGUCAGCAAACAUAUUCCUGUUCUUCUCAAUGAGACACCUGGUGUUUUGCCAGGACACAUGCCUUCAUCUACUUCCGCGAUCAACAAGACCGGCAGACUUGCAAGUAUCAGAGGACCAUACAAAAAGAAGAAGAGCUUUAUGUAA